ACACACACACACGCUCGGCAAAGCUGUUCUCAGGCUGAGAGAAAAGAGAAACGAGGGGAGCGGAGGAUAUAGGACUGCACGCUCGCUGAUGUUGUCCCAGGUGGUGACAGACGCUGAGUAAGAGGCCGCAGGGGGUCAGAGGGGUUCAUCGCUGAGCGUUCGGAUCCCGAAGACACGCCGAUCGGUCGGGUGGAGGCGCACAGGGCCGACGCUCCCCAGGACCGACCUCCAGGAUGUCCCGGAGGAGGUCGACAGGCGACCUGGUGCCCAGCGACAUCACUGAGAUCUUAGCCCGGGAGGCGAGGGCUCAUCGUGGGCAGAAGAAGCCGGGCAGCUCCCUAGGACAGGCCUUCAGCUGGUUGAAGGGCAACCGGAGGAAGAAGAACCUCAACAACGGGCUCAACCGAAUAGCUGUCGGCGUGACGGACGCCAAACUGGGACUUCAGAACCACGACUCAGCGAAAGCUGGCCCGAAAGGGAACGGAGACCAGAAGAGGUUGACGGUCCACUACAGAACCUCCCAGCACUACCAGGAGAAUGUUUUCAUCGAGGGCAGCAGGCCGCAGUACCUGGAGGACCUGCACACCGAGGCCCAGGAAGGCCUCAAGAUCCUGCAGCAGGAAGAACACACCAACGGAGUGAACUCACCCGACGAUGAGAGCGUCGCUUCUACAGACACUCUGCGUCCGGAGCAGGACAUCAGCUCCGUGGACGGAGGCGACUCUCCGACGUCCAGAUCCACCGCCGGGAGCACCGGUACCACGGCGACCUCUGCGGUGUCGACCAGGCCGGCGCUCACCCGCCAAGGUUCAACAUUCAAGCCUCUGAAUCCAGUUCAAAGACUAGAUAAGAGCAGGAAGAGAAACCGGAGGACCACCAUCAUGGGUAUUCCCAACCAGGUCCAGAAGGAGCUCGCAUUGCACAGAAGCUCAACCUUCCAGCAGCUCGUUUCUCCCCCUGAUCCCAGCGACGACCAAUCAGGUGUAGUUAUCAUUCCAACGGUUGACGGAGGGAGUCCGGUAGCAAAUGAUGAGGGAGCGAGGGUGCAUCUUUCAGAGCUGGAGGCAUCCAGAGAGGACCAGCUGCUGAGGAAGCACCUCCAGGCAUUGGACCAAGACGAGCAGCCCUUCAACCACCAGGGUUCUGGCUCCUACUUCGCCCCCCCCACGACCAUGAGACCCAAGUCCCUUGCAGUACCUGGCAUGACCUCUUUGUCCUCCCUCUGUCCUUCAACAAUGUGUAGAUUCCUCCAGGAACCCCAGGGUCCUGUGAUGUCCAUAUCUCCUCAGGCCACCUACAUGUCUACGAUCAUUCAUAAUGCGGUCUUGCCAGCCUCGGUUGAAGUCAUAGAAAUUGACCGCAGCGGCAGCCGGACGCGUUCCAGCAGUGUAAACCAAGGCUAUAACGUCCGCACUGUGAGCAAAAGCAGCCUGGCGUCCAGGGACUCAUCAGUCAGCCCUUUGUUGUCCAGGAGAUCGUAUGGCGAUGACGAUGGCUCCCAAACUGGCAAUUCCCAAGACGACUCCCUACUGAUGCCCUCGUCGGCUUCGGGGUUGAACUGGAGCGACUCACAGUCUUCGAGGACCAUUAUUUCGAACUCCUCCCCGGUAUCCUCCAAGGGUAGCAGGCGGAGCGCUAACUCCCGGAGAGUGAGCCCGGACGAGCGGGAACGCCACACAGGGAAGUCUAGCGGGGACCACGACCUCGUCAGUCUCCGGAGCUCAGUGAGCAGCUUCAGCAGUAAAAGGGAAACUGUUGUUACAGUUUCAGGGUCAGUGGCUGCUGGGGAAGAUGAAAAGACCAAACUGAAUUUCACUCGCAGCAUGUCGGUUGUGAAGACCAAGCAACCCCCGCCACCUCCACGGAGAACCAACUCUCUGCAUGGCAAUAAGAUCAGGAGCAACCCCAAGGUGCUGGUGGACCUCGAUGAGUCCGUGUCUGGAGACGCCACAGAAGAUAUCGCAGCAAAGAAUGAGGUGAAAUCAAUGAUUGCAGACACCAGUAAGAUCUUCACCCUCGUGUCAAACUCCACCGGGUCCAGCUGUCUGGAUGUUUCCUCCACUCCCUUGAGCACCACGCCAACCUCCUCCACCGAGGCAGGAGGAGCAACAGAGCCAGAAUCCAGUAGCUCCUCCCCUCAGAAAACUCCCUCGGAAGAGGAGAAAUUCGAACGGACCAUGUCCCCUUCCAGUGGCUACUCAAGUCAGAGUGGCACUCCGACACUCUCCCCAAAGGGGAACUCCCCAACGUCCCCCGACAAAGAGAAGAAGAAACCUGUCAAACCGGAGAGAGCCGUGUCUCGGGCCUCAUCCUCAGCAGCUUCUCCCUCCUCCUCGCUUACCUCUUUAUCGUCUGGCACAUCUGAGUCUGUCCAUCCAGAUGUUUCCACGUCUAGCCCCAGUCUGCCUCCACGGGGAUCUCCAACCCCUGCUGCUGCAAACGACUUCACUCCGGAUCACAAUUCUUCGACCUUGGGAGCUGAAGUCAGAGAGAUGUUGAACAUCCCACCACAUCCCAAAGUCAAAGCGCCAAGUCCUCCUCCUCCGGAGACAUGGGUCCACAACAGACGCACCUUUCAGCUCCUGUGUGGGCCUUGCCCUCAUGAAAGCAAAGGGACCCAGCAACCAGCACAGAUACAAGACAGCACGGUUAAACAGGUGGGAACCCAGACCGACGCCAUCAAGGAGAUGCAGGUUUCCGAGGAGAAACAAUCAAGUAUAGAUAAAUCUGUCUUAGAAUUGUCAGAGAGCAAAAUGAACCCUGAAACUUUGAUAGAAAUAGGUCCUGGUGGUGUUCAUAGGGAGACGGAGAAUAGCGAAUGUUCAAGUGCCGAAGAGGAAAGGAUGGAAGCAAGCGCAGACGUUCAGAGACGAGAGCGGAGUAGUAGCCCUGCAGCGAAGGACCCCAAGAGUCCAAAGAAAGAUCCUCCUCCUGUCAUGAAGAAACCCGUGACGGCGCCGAACAGAGAGGCGUCGGCAGAACUCUCGCUGGACAGACGGCAAAAGAAAAUGAACGGCGGCGACACGACAGAUGUUUGUUUCCAUGUUGAGAACCACACGACCUCCACGCAGCAUGGGGUGACCAUUGUAGUUGAUGAGAGCGACGAUGUGAUGGUCAAGAGGGAGGUCGCGUCCAUGCAGACGCUUUCUGCGGAGGUCCCCAAAAUUAGCAAGGCCUCGCCACCGCCGACCCCUCCCCCGGCAUACCACCCUCCACCUCCUCCGUCAAGAAGGACGCCCCCUUCAUCAGUGUCCACGCCACCAGAUGAAUUACAGAGGGUGCAGGAGGAGACCCCUGUUGCGGAGUCCUGCUGGCCACCUCCUCCGCCUCCUCUGGAAGGGGACUCUGUCUUUGACGGAGGAGAUGAGGUGGACUUUCCUCCACCUCCUCCCCCCUUACUGACAGACAGCAUGCCAAAUGUGAUGGACAGUUGUAUCACAGUCGGAGGGUCAACUGAGGCCCGGAGUGAAGCUGGGACAUCUGUACGUGGACACAUUCCAGAUGUGCAACCUGCUGUUACUCAAACAGUAACUGACACCAAACCAGAGGUUGUCGUGCAAGUUUCAGAAGCUAAAACCGCUGAUGAGAUUUUGUGCAAACCAGUGACCAACUCUGUUUCAGACAGUGUCCCACCUCCCCCAGUGGUGGCGUCCCCUUCGCCACCCAUCACAAGAGCAGAGAACCCGGUAUCGGUCCCUGCUUUAGUUCCUCCCCACAGUUUCCUGAAGCGGGACGCUCCCUCCGAGCCUCCGGUCAGUGCCCAACCUCCGGUUGCUGUCGCGGCAGCACCCACUUUACCAGCAGACGGCUUCGCCCACGGGAUAAAUUUCAGAAGGCAGCCCAGCGUACCAAACCGAGACGCCAGGAGCAAGGAGCUGCUUUCCCGCCACAAAAGUGCACCCGUCCCGAAAGAGGAUGCGAACAUACCUCUAGUCACCCCCUCCUUGCUACAGAUGGUUCGCCUCCGAUCAGUCAACGUGACUGAAGAUCAGGUGACGGUUCCAUCAGAGGACAAGGCAACGGACCGGGAAGCUUCAGCUCAGGAGAUCUGCUCCGUCUCAAUCCCAGGACCUCAACACGUUCCACAGAAGCCCAUCCGAAAGUCUCUGUCACUGAGAUCUCCCCCUCAGACAGUGAAGACUUCCCCCGUGGUGCUGAACCCCCCUUCCAUGCGCUUACAGGAAGCCAUACGGAUAAAAACAGCAGCCAUGUCUUCGAGAGAUGGUUUUCCAUCCCGACUGGGUGUGAGAUCCUCCGCCUACAGCUCGGUCGGCGAGCAAGGGGCUCUGACCCUGAAAUCCCCCGAGGGUUGCGACCUGCACAAGUCGCCGGCCUCCACCGCCAGCUUUAUCUUCUCGAGGAGCACAAAACGGGUCGUCUUCGAGACCGCGGCUGCCUCCCCCUCCCCCGAAGCUCAGCAGACUCUGAAACAGAGCUCGGCGGCGGAGCUCGCGCGGCCGUCCGACCAAUCAAACUGCGCCGCUUUCUCCAAUGGCGGCGUGAAGUUGGACAAAGUUCCUCCGCCGGUAGCAAAGAAACCGGCCAACGGUCCUUCGCAGAAUCUGCCCGCCGUCGACAGUAACGGGACUACACCUCCCGAGAUGACGAACACAAGAGUGACGGCGGACACCAUUGAAACCCUGUUUUGAAAAAAGCGCUGGACCCGGCUCACGCCAAGAGGUUGACGCAAACACUUCAAGUACAAAACAACUCUCAGCAGGGAGCGACGUCACCGAGAGACGUUUAACCCGAGCGUCAAGUGUCGUGUGUUAACAGUCUCCUCCAAAAAGCCUUAGCCUGUCAUGGCCUUCCUACAUAUUUAUGCAAGAAAAAAGAAGAAAAAGCGUCGCUCCCAAUUUUCAUAUGAUAGCUUUACUCUGGAGUAUUUUUCUAAGCUAUAGUUUAUCUCUCAUUACGGGCCCUCAGGAUGAAAUGGUGAGAGCGCCUCCCAGAGGUAGAGAUUGGUAGUGGUCACUGCAGCUCUGAGACAGAAGCAUUUCUGUCCAAAGAUGUCCUGUCUGUUACGUCUUUUUCUUCUUCCUCUUCUUCUUCUCUUUGUUGUGAUUUUAUACACGUUUAAGAAGUCGUCGGAAAAACAGCAUUUUAUCACCUUCUUGGCUUAAAAGAUGGAGAAUGAAAACACCCGCUUCUCACCGUGUGGAUAGAUGUGUCCGGGAUAGAGCAUGUGAGGGGGAAAUAGAUGCUGCACUCACAAGAAUGAGAGGGAGGACGAGAAAGAAUUAAGAGCUAAUGCGCGAAUGCAGACGCGCGAAUUCUAAUGCAAGAAAGCUGCCGCAGUUAUGCUAACGCGGUAAAGCUGACGCAGUUAUGCUAACGCGGGAAAGCUGCGUCAGUUAUGCUAACGCAGUAAAAACAGCCUCCGACCGCAGCGACGACUCAGCGCUUUUGACACAAUCUGCACAAUCCCGUCUCGACGUUGAGCAACGGUUGAGACAUUCUGAUAAAUCCUCGAGCACAACGGCGUUCCCGAGCUUCCUGUUUAUUUAUGCGUGGUCGUUUCCACUUGUAGCACUGUCGGUCACCUUUUCCUACCAAAUAUGAAAUAUUUAAGAAUCCGUUUCACCUGACAAAAACCACUCUGCGGGGCGGCGGAUGUGAUCGGCCGUGGAUUGAUCGAUACACUGGAGUCGAUUUAUUAUGAGGUCGGCGUUUUUUUAUAUAAAUUAAAUCUUCUGCACCUAUAAUCUUUUAGCCCAAACUUUUUUUCCCGGUGGUAAAUCCAGCUCAUCACUAUUUGCACAAAAUACUUUCCCCACACCCAUCAAAAAAAUCAUCGGUGUGUGAAUUAUACCGACUCUUCGUAACGGGGUCACAAAUGCACGUCUCGAUGAUUAUAAAAGAAUUAUGUACAGUUAUUACUUCUAUAAAUAAAAUGUAAGUGUAAUAAAACUGUU